UUCGUACGAAUCACAGAAUCAUCGACAUGGCCCAUCGACAUGGCCACCUCGAAUUGCCAAACGCGUGGUCUUUCCUCGCCUUGCGCACUUGUUGGAUACCGAGCGGAGUCUUUGCCAUCCAUGCCAUUCUCCAUCAGUCGCGGAUGGUUGACCAGGUCGCGUGUCUCGAGUGGGGUGGCGAUCCUUACGUCCCUCACGUUCCGUACGUGUCUAGAUGUAUUUACGCUGCUGAUGCCCUCUUUGUCGUUAGUGUACGCCGAGAGAGGGUAUUUUAGUGAGACCUGUCGAUGUACAACCAAUCUGAGGCAAUCAAUCUGGCUCAAACAGCCUGCUUUGGCUGUGCGGCGAGUACAGUGCACCGAUUGUGUGUGCAGGUCCCUUGGAACGGUCCCUUAUGAUGACUGUUGUGAUUGCAAAACCAGCGCGCUGAUGUUUUCCUCAUCCGUAACUUGA